AAAACGAGCCGUAUUGGCAAUUUGGCAUAUUGCCGAACAUUAAUAAAGGUGCUUUGUGCAUGAUGCAUGCGCACUCAAUUAAAAAAAUUGAAAAAAUCCUCUAAUUUGUCCCUCAAAUUCAAAGACACUCUCAAACUCCUACUCUUACAAUUCACAAACAGUUAAAGAAGAAGCAGAAUCAUAGCUAUUCAGUACUACAAAAAAUGGGGAUAGUAUGCCCCGAUGAGAGCAAGAGGAUAGAGAUCGAGGAAUUUCGCCGGAUGUUGCUAUCUUACGCGGCGGUGCACCGGACAAAAGCCGCCGCCGCCGACGAUGAAUUCCGAAAUCCACAGCACUUGCCCACUGCAGCUGAACAGAACCGUGAACUUGAAGAGAAGAAGGUGUGCGUCACCAGUGGUGUAUCCUUCCUCGCUAUUUCUAUCGUAAACCAACUCUUACUCCGUGGAUACUCUGUACGAGUCAUUGUGGAAAAACAAGAGGAUCUGGAAAAGCUAAGAGAGAUGGAAAUUACUGGAGAAAUGAGACAGUCCAUGAACACAGUAGAUGCAGUAAUGGCAAGUCUAAAUGAUGUGCAAAGCCUAUCAGAAGCAUUCAACGGUUAUCGUGGCGUCUUCCACACUGCUGCCUUUGUGGACCCUGCUGGCUUAUCUGGAUAUUCAAAAUCAAUGGCUGAAGUAGAAGUGAUGGUAAGCGAGAAUGUGACUCAGGCAUGUGCUGUAACACCGUCGGUCAAAUAUUGCGUGCUCACAUCCUCACUUUUAGCCUGUGUAUGGAAAGAUCUUCAUUCAUCAACAACGAUUGAUCAUGAUAGCUGGAGUUAUGAGUCUAUCUGCAUAAACAAGAAGGUACAUUAAACUGAUUAUAGAGUG